AUGAGCGCGCUGGUGACCGUGGCCACGUGCAACCUGAACCAGUGGGCGCUGGACUUCGAUGGCAACCUGGAGCGCAUCCUCGAGUCCAUCCGCGUGGCCAAGGCGCGCGGCGCGCGCUACCGCGUGGGCCCGGAGCUCGAGGUCUGCGGCUACGGCUGCGAGGACCACUUCCUGGAGCAGGACACGUUCUACCACUGCUGGCAGUCGCUCGAGACCAUCCUGCGCUCGGACGUGACCAACGACAUCCUGUGCGACAUCGGCAUGCCCGUCAUGCACAACGGCGUGCGCUACAACUGCCGCGUCUUCUGCCUCAACCAGCGCAUCCUGUUCAUCCGCCCCAAGCUCUUCCUGGCCGACGACGGCAACUACCGCGAGAAGCGCUGGUUCACCACGUGGAAGCCCAGCCUCGAGACGGGCAUGUCCCGCGGACUCGACAAGUUCGUGCUGCCCGCCAGUCUGCAGAAGCUCACGGGCGCGGUGCACGUGCCCUUCGGCUCGGGCGCCGUGUCCACGCUCGACACGUCGUGCGCGUCGGAGACGUGUGAGGAGCUCUUCACGCCCGACAGCCCGCACAUCAACCUCAGUCUGGCGGGAGUGGAGAUCAUCGGCAACGGCUCGGGCUCGCACCACCAGCUGCGCAAGCUGGACCAGCGCAUGGACCUCAUCCGGGGAGCUACGACCAAGAGCGGCGGCGUGUACCUGUACGCCAACCAGCAGGGCUGCGAUGGCGGCCGACUGUACUUUGAUGGCUGCGCUGUCAUUGUGGUGAACGGUCAAGUGGUUGCCCAGGGAUCGCAGUUCUCGGUCAAGGAUGUCGAGGUGGUCACGGCUACUGUCGACUUGGACGACGUGCGCUCGUACCGCGGCUCCGUCAGCAGUCGCAGCGAGCAGGCUAGCUCCUUGGACACGGUGAUCCCCAAGAUCGACGUCGACUUCAGCUUGUGCCACGAUGAGGCUUCCUUUGUGCACCCCACGCCUGCUAUUGAGGUUCGCUACCAUGUGCCGGAGGAGGAGAUUGCUCUGGGACCUGCUUGCUGGAUGUGGGACUACCUUCGCCGCAGUGGAGGCAGUGGCUUCUUCUUGCCCCUUUCUGGAGGUGCGGAUUCUUCGUCUGUGGCUUGCAUUGUUGGUGUCAUGUGCCACCUCGUGGUUGAGGCUGCCAACAAGGGCGAUGAACAGGUUAUCAAGGACGUGCAGCGCAUUAUGGGCACGUCAGGCCAGGAGUACAAGCCUUUGAAGCCUGCAGAUCUGGCCUCGCACGUCCUCCACACCACGUACAUGGGCACGAAGAACAGCUCGGCUGCCACCAAGAAGCGCGCUGCAACGCUCGCCAGCGAGAUUGGAUGCUACCACCUCAACAUGGGCAUGGACAUGAUGGUGGAUGCCGUAGUCAAGACCUUCGAGCUGUUGACUGGCAAGACGCCUCAGUACCUGUCGCGUGGGGGUACCUUGCAGGAAGACCUGGCGCUCCAGAACAUCCAGGCGCGUCUUCGUAUGGUGAUGGCCUACCUACUUGCGCAGCUUUUGCCGUGGGUGCGUUCCAAGACUGGAUUCCUUCUCGUUCUCAGUUCGGGCAACGUUGAUGAAGCGCUGCGCGGAUACAUGACCAAGUACGACUGCAGCAGUGGUGACUUGAACCCGAUUGGUGCAGUCUCAAAGGGUGACUUGAAGAAGCUGCUUCGCUGGGCUGCCGUCAAAUACAACUACCCAGCUCUGCAAACUGUGGAGGAGGCUCCUCCGACGGCGGAGCUGCGUCCCACUGACGAGAGUGCUGGUGAAGAUGCCGACCACUCCCAGCUUGAUGAGGAGGACAUGGGCAUGACGUACGACGAGCUGGGUUUCUUCGGUCGCCUCCGUAAGAUUGAUCGAUGUGGCCCGUACUGGAUGUUCCGCAAGCUCACCAACCUGUGGAGUCAUCUCGCACCCACCGUGGUGGCAACGAAGGUCAAGCGGUUCUUCUUCUAUUACUCGGUUAACCGGCACAAGAUGACCACUCUGACCCCGUCUUACCAUGCCGAGAACUACUCGCCGGAUGACAACCGCUUCGACCUGCGUCCGUUCCUCUAUAACUCGCGCUGGACUCGCCAGUUCAACUCCAUCGAUACGCUUGCAACGAAGCUGGAGGAGAAGAAGGAGCAGUAA